AUGCAACAUCUACAACAGCAGCAACAACAACAAAAGCAGCGGCAACGGCAGAGGCAGCAAUUUAAAAAAAAAGCACAAUGCCAAAAUCUUGGUGUUGGUGUUAAGAAGAGGAUUUGGUUGCCGCUUAUCAUCUUCCUUUCACUACAGGUGAUCUCGGUCUGGGCGGACGAUGUUGAGGUGGUUAAGGCAAUUGCCGGCGGCGCUGGAGUUGGUGUUGGCGUCGGAGUUGUUGGCAACGAUGAGAUGUCUGAUCAUGAGAAUGAGGUGGAUCAAAUGGCCCUUGAGUCGGAGCAGGAGCAGCAACAGCAAUCUGUGGUACCCAAGGUUCAGGUGCAUUACACCCACAAUAUGCCACCAGCUCCUCUAGUGAGCGUGGCUACCAGAAGCAAUAUCCAUCAAGGACAUCCAGGCAUACCAUUGAAUUUUGCCCAACCCUUUGGACCGCCACCGCCCUUGGUGGCUCAAUUCUAUAAGGGACCACCACCACCGCCACAAAUGUCACAGCCACAGCGUCCCCCACCGCCACCGCUCCAGCACCAGCAGCAGCAGCAGCAGCAGCAGGGUCAACAACAGAUCCAACAAGUUUCCGAUUUGAGUGUUGGAGCCUCUAGCAACAAUGAGAUAUGGGCAUCACCCGAACAGGAUAUGCCCAAGAUUGUCUCGCUGGAUGUCAAGUGCGAGAAGAGCGGCAUGAAGGUGUUCGUUCAAUUCGACAAGCCCUUCAAUGGCAUUGUCUUCUCCAAGGGUCACUACAGCAAUAUGAACUGUGUCCAUUUGCCAUCGGGUUUGGGUCGCAGUUCGGCCAGCUUUGAUAUUGGAUUGCAUGAGUGCGGCACUGCCGGCAACACGGACAACUAUGGCCAGGGCUAUGGUCAUGAUAAUGGUGGCGGCGGUGGAUCCGGUGCCGGUGCUGGUACAUAUUUCGAGAACAUAAUCGUCAUUCAAUACGAUCCUCAGGUGCAAGAGGUGUGGGAUCAGGCACGCAAAUUGCGCUGCACUUGGCAUGAUCAGUACGAGAAGAGUGUCACCUUCCGUCCGUUCCCGGUGGACAUGCUCGAUGUGGUACGUGCCGAUUUUGCUGGCGACAAUGUUGGCUGCUGGAUGCAAAUUCAAGUGGGCAAAGGGCCGUGGGCUUCAGAAGUGUCCGGCUUGGUGAAAAUCGGACAAACAAUGACCAUGGUGCUGGCCAUCAAGGACGACGACUCCAAGUUCGAUAUGCUGGUACGGAAUUGUGUGGCCCAUGAUGGCAAACGUGCCCCCAUACAAUUGGUCGAUCAGCGGGGAUGUGUGACACGGCCGAAACUGAUGUCACGAUUCACCAAAAUCAAAAACUUCGGUGCCUCCGCCUCGGUUCUGUCCUACGCCCAUUUCCAGGCCUUCAAAUUCCCCGAUUCAAUGGAAGUGCAUUUCCAGUGUACCAUACAAAUCUGUCGUUACCAUUGUCCCGAACAGUGUUCGAAUGAUCCAACCAAUCUCCAGGAUGUCCAUCAUUUGCAGGUCGGUCCCGAAUCCCAAUACGGACCACCGCCGCCGCAAUUGCAUGUGGAUGCCUAUCAUGUGGCCAGUGCCAUUGGCAAGCGUCGCGAUGAGCGUCGUGUUCAGCGUCGUGCUCGUGCUGUGGCCUCGGCCACAGAGCCGCCCCAAGUGGGACUCAAUCGAAUCAUUAAAGUGGUAUCCUCUGGUGAUUUAACGUUUGCCAUCGAUUCGGCCAGCAAUGGCAAUGAUAGUCAAUUGGCUGGCGAUCAACAUGCAGCUGGUUCGAUCAGUUCAACGCAACCCCAGACUAUGGUCUUCCCAAUACGCGAAGAGGGACUCAUCUGUAUGACAACGCCGGGCUUUGCCAUAACGCUGAUCAUCCUGCUGGGCAUCCUGGUGACAUCGUGCCUCAUAUCGGCCGUCCUGUAUGUCCGUCUGCGGCCGUUCGCCUCGUUUGCCGCCACGGCCAAGGAGCGGGCCGUCGCCUAUACGAAUCCACAAUUGGCGGGUGUGCCCGUCAUCAAGAUGCCAUCUCCAUCGGAUGCGGUGCAGUGCACGACGCUGACCAAGAAGCGAACGUUGUCAUGAGUGGAUACAAGGAUGGAAAUUCGAGUUGCUCGAGUUGUUUGAGCGAGUUAUAAAAUUUAGUUCAUUCCGUUUACUGGGUAAUACAACUUCUCCGCCUUCCCCUUACUAGACACACAUUUUCCCCAUCAAUCCUUAUCUAAACUUUCAUUUUA